AAAGACGAGUCGCUAACUAACUGCUGUCGCGGAGCGGAGCGAGUCUGAGUCUGUAGGGUAGGGUCGGCCGGACACAUGAGUGCGAUGCCGAACAAAACGAAAAAAGACAAGGAUACGCCGAAGUCUGGAAAAGUCGGUAAAUCUGCAGGACAAGAAAACUCGGAUCAUGAGGGAUCAAACAGGAAAGGCAGCAAUAGCGUGCCACCCACCACACAGCUGCUGAAGGGGAAGCAGUCUGGAUCCCAAGCCCCUGUCAAAAAGGAAAAGAGGCAAAGCUCCUCUCGCUUUAGCCUCAGCAAUAACAGGGAGCUCCAAAAACUGCCUGCUUUCAAAGAUGUGCCCCCAGCAGAGCAGGAGAAACUGUUCAUGCAGAAGUUGCGCCAGUGCUGCGUGCUCUUUGACUUUGUAUCCGACCCUCUGAGUGACCUGAAAUGGAAGGAGGUAAAGCGGGCGGCGCUCAGCGAGAUGGUGGAAUACAUCACGCACAACAGGAAUGUGAUCACUGAGCCCAUCUACCCAGAAGUUGUGCACAUGUUUGCAGUCAACAUGUUUAGGACAUUACCACCCUCAUCCAACCCAACGGGGGCAGAAUUUGACCCAGAAGAAGAUGAGCCCACGUUAGAGGCUGCUUGGCCACACCUACAGCUUGUUUAUGAAUUUUUUCUGCGGUUCUUAGAGUCCCCAGACUUCCAGCCAAACAUAGCCAAAAAGUACAUCGACCAGAGAUUUGUCAUGCAGCUUUUAGAACUCUUUGACAGUGAAGACCCUCGGGAAAGAGACUUCCUGAAGACCACUCUGCAUCGUAUUUAUGGCAAAUUUCUAGGCCUUAGAGCCUACAUCAGGAAGCAAAUUAAUAAUAUUUUCUAUAGGUUCAUCUACGAAACUGAACAUCAUAACGGAAUAGCUGAGUUACUGGAAAUAUUAGGAAGCAUAAUCAACGGGUUUGCCUUACCGCUGAAAGAAGAGCACAAAAUUUUCCUAUUGAAAGUUCUGUUGCCUUUACAUAAAGUCAAGUCUCUCAGUGUUUACCACCCACAGCUGGCAUACUGUGUGGUACAGUUUUUGGAGAAGGACAGCACCCUCACUGAGCCAGUGGUCAUGGCUCUUCUGAAGUACUGGCCAAAGACUCACAGUCCAAAGGAAGUGAUGUUCCUCAAUGAGCUGGAGGAGAUCCUAGAUGUCAUCGAACCUUCCGAAUUUGUCAAAGUAAUGGAGCCGCUCUUCAGGCAGUUAGCUAAAUGUGUCUCCAGUCCACACUUUCAGGUUGCAGAGCGGGCACUGUACUACUGGAACAAUGAGUACAUAAUGAGUCUGAUCAGUGACAAUGCAGCCAGAAUCCUGCCCAUCAUGUUCCCCGCUCUUUACCGCAACUCCAAAACCCAUUGGAACAAGACCAUCCAUGGCUUGAUCUACAAUGCACUGAAGCUCUUUAUGGAGAUGAAUCAGAAACUCUUUGAUGACUGCACACAACAGUUUAGAGCAGAGAAAAAUAAAGAGAAGCUAAAAUGGAAAGAGCGUGAGGAAGCAUGGAUAAAGAUAGAAAACCUUGCCAAGUCAAAUCCACAGUUCCUCAUGUAUAUUGACUCCACCAGCUUGAGCAGCCCAAUGGAGAUUGAAACAGAUGGUGCAAUGAUGGAUGAUGUCAUGAUGCUUAAAAAGACAGUGGAAGAGGAAGCUACUCAGCCUCAGAGGGACCAGAGGAAAGAGCGCCCCCUGAUGCGCCGCAAAUCAGAGCUGCCUCAGGACAUGUCUACAGUAAAGGCCCUAGAAACGCACCGGCGUGCAGAGGAAAUGAUAACCACCCACGACGGCCACUAAAGGACCAGAGAAGCCCAGACUUAACCCAGCCUCCUUUGGCCGGGCACAGCACGCCCAGUGCAGAGUGCCCUAGCAUAGCACUGAUGGCAGCAGCAGCACAGGACAGCUUGAUGUGGCCUGAGAAACACCCAGCUCUGCUCCCAAGAACAGCCACAGUGACCCUCUCUUGCCCAGGCCCCUACGCUGGUCAUCUUUCAUCCCUGUCUCUCUGUCUCUGUCUCUUUCCUCUUUCAUUUUAAAAAGACUUUCUCAGGUGUACUUCUCUUUUUGUGGUAUUUUUCCACAAUGCCCCCUCCCCCCUCACUUCCCCACCAUCAGUUAUUGUUAAUCAUUAUUAAAAUGUAGGUGCUAGGGUGAAAAAUGUGAACAGGUUUUUUGACAAAGGAGCACUUGCAGUAUAACUGCUGACCAUUGUGUUAAAAUGAGCGAAAGCCUUUCUACCCCAUUGGAAGAAGACCGAGCGCAGUUGGGUGGAAAAGCAUGUACAUCUCCAACCUUGUUUUUUUUCCUCAGUGGUAGGACACAGCUGCUAUCGCCUCCAGCUUUGUGCCUCAGACUGGUGGUUCAUGUCAUUUUAUGUGUUUGUUUUGAGUGUUAUCUCUUUCCAGCAAUGGGGACUGUCAGCCAAGUGUCACUGGCAACAGAAACGUUAUGGUAUGUAUUUUUCUUUUCAGAUGAACUUGCCUGUCUUUUGGAGGCUUCUAUCCAUGGUAAAUUUCUAAAGGAGAGUUCUCCUCUGUAGGAAUUAGGUUUUGUGCCAAUUUUUUUUUAU